AUGGAUUCGGAACAAGCUAAAUUUACACUUAAAUCCCACACACCUAUCGGAUUUGAAUCUUCACGGUGUGAAAAAUCGGCAGAAAUUUGUCCUAAAAAAGAUACCGGUACAGAUCCGUGUCCAUUCCCAACACUCGCCAAUGUUGCAACGGAACCAAAGGAACGGAAGGAAAUCGCUACCCAAACAAUCAGUGCACCAAGAAGCAAAAAAUUUGCCACCUAUGAUGACUCCAAACUGGUCUCGUUUAUACGCAGAGUACAACCCAUCGUAGAGGAAGAAUUGUCCUACGGCAUGACGCCGAUCUUCGAUUGCAAUGACAAUUUGUACGAAUCUACCGAACGUUACCGGGUAUGCCGUCACCAGGAGCUAACCCUUCGUGCUCUGCUUCCGGACCAUAUGGAUGAAAAGAAAGACGGAAAUGCUUUCCGUGUCGGUGCUGCAGCAUGGCUUUCAAUAUUGACACGUGACGCACCGCUGCUGGUGGUUGCCUGCAGCCCAGUACACGAUGCUUGGUGCGAUCAUUUCACAUCGACCGUUACCGUUUUUAGUCCCAAGCGGGAUCGAUACGGUGGAUCCGUGCAGUGGGUAGAGUUGAGUAGUAAUCCGGUGAAAGCAUGCAUAGAGUCACUCGAAACGAACCCGUUCAAUAGGGACAUGUUUGCUGGUGGUACUGUCUCCGGAGACGUGUACAUCUGGCACUACGAGAUGAAUCUUAAGAAUGAACGGAACUCGUUCGCUGAGCUCCACUCGGAAACGACCGAUUGCGGGAAGGUGGUCGAUAUGGCUUGGACUCGGUAUAAUGUGAUGUCCAAAUCGGAUUACGCUUUGCUCACGGCACACAGCGAAGGUGCGGUCAUUCUGUGGCGUGUUGGUAAAACGAUCGUAAAGGAUAAAGUUUUCAAGCUAAAUGUUCCAUCGACGAUCGGGAAAGCGCUCAUUUUGACACAAAUAUUAGCCACCUCAAAUACGGAGUUUGUGGCAGGUUGUGACGAUGGAUCAUUGCUUCUGUGUUCGACUACCCAACUACUCCCACUGGGCGCUGCCUCAUCUUCUGAGCGAUCGUUCACAUCGGCGGUCAACUCUUCCUCGUCUACAGCGAGCACUGCCGGUAAAGUAAACUAUUUUUCACCGGGCACGAUUGAGCUGAAGAGUCAUUCGUUUAGUGUUACCAGUCUACAGAAGAUUGAGAACCGUCGGCAAGAGCUUCUGAUUAGUUGCGAUCUGACGGGAGAGGUUUUAUUCCAUGAUAUCACUGAUAGUAUCAACUCUACUCCGACACUUAUUAUCAAAAUGCCACUUCCCUUCAAAACACGCAUUGUUUGCACGAGCGAUACGGAGUACAUCUUUUCACCAUCUAGAAAUGGUCUACUAGAGCUGUAUCGCAUUGGAAGCGGAAAGGUGGACACAGUGGAACCGUCCUUACCUUUGAAUGGUUCACCAAAUCUUAUUAAAAUGUCUGCCAAUGGAAAAUGGCUGAUCACUGGAACGUACAAUGGAACAUUUAUACUCUACUCAGUAGCCACGGAGUACUGAAGGAUCGUAGUGACCUUUGAGUUAUU